AUGCUGCUUAUGUACCUCGACUUGAUUGCCUCCGGAAUGAAUGAAGAUUUAGCCAAGGGGUUUUACGAAGAAGUCCGAUGUUUGAGUAGGGCAAACAUCAAUCCCGCCCCGCAACAAAAUAUUUGGGAGGUCUGCUUCUCGUACGACUACUCUGAAAUGGUUGGCGACCUUCUCAGUCAGUAUAUUAACAAAGACUUUAAUCUUCUGCAAUCAUCCCUUGACACUUCCGAGCGGACUGGAGUCAAUUCUACGACGAGAUUCUUUUCUGCAAGCUCUGCCGCUGGUCGCAGACCAACCUACUUCAUGUCUAUGUUUGGGGACGGGAGAAACUUCAGGAUGUACUCAUCCAGGGAAGAGCAACUCAUGGAAAAGUCUUGCUGUGAAACCUGCGCGUCCACCAGGUACUUUGUAAACGUUCAGAAGAAUGAGUGCCUGAAGAAUCCAUUCGGGAAGCAUUGUUGUCACGUAGCCUGCAAGUCUUUGGGGCGAUUGAAGGUCGGAGUGUCGUCCUCAAUUGCUUACUGUUGCCCCAGAUGUCGACCUCAAGCCUGCAAGGCCUAA